GGGCACGGCAGAUUUCUACCUUCCUAGGUGGCGGGAAGCGGAACUUUGUCGUGGAUCUGAUUAUCUUAGUGUCGAGAUGGUGAGGACUUUUCUCCCUCGCGUAGAGGUCUGCUUGGUCGCAAGCGUGAGAAGGCGCGAGAAAUUGUCAUCGAUGGUAGGGAUGGGGUGGUUUGGAGGCAGAAAGAAAGACAGUGCCUCGGAGAUAGUCCUCGCUUUGAGUUUGGAUGAAGGCAUCGCGUAUAGUGUAUGGAGUAUAAGACUUAGUGGCUCCUCAGUACUGUGCCAAUCGUCUCUGCGUACGUAAAGGCAUCUAUCAUAGCAGCUCGCGGCUUUCCACUCCAAUUGCGAGACCCUUUUCUGAAUUCAAUUUCCCAAAAGCUCACAAGCUAUGCUUCUCCCGCCGUUCGCAGCGGCAGCAGUGCUCGGUCUGCUCCCCGUAAUCUCGGGCGAGCUCCUUGCAGGGUAUGGACUCACAAGGUACAGUCCUCCUUGUGCGUAUGCCUGCCAAAACGCGGUGCCUGCUAUGGUGGACUGUCCCGAGUUCAAGGACUUGACAGCCAAGCAGCUCGCAAAGGCUUCUCCAUCUCCCCAAUGCCUGGCUAACGAUACUUCGUAUCUGACUACCAUGGCGUGGUGCAUUCACGAACGAUGUGAUCGCAUCAAGUUGUGGGAUAUUGAUGAGUUCUGGGGAACGAAUCUGAUUGAAGGCCAGAACGACGACGGUGUCAUUCUGAGAUAUACGUACCAAGAAGCUGUACAGCAGGUCGACCAAAAUAACCUGACAACAUUGACAGUGGACGUUGUGUCUCUGAACACUACCAUGAUUGUCCCAGAUGAUAUCUAUAUCGGAUAUCUCAAUGGUGUUUUGUCACACAUCAAGGUUGACAAAGACAAAGCCAAGUACCCCAUGAUUGUCUUCCUCUCCUGCGUUAUUAUUCCAAUCGGCUUCUCCCUUCUCCGACUACUCCCUAUCCCAACAAAGCUCCGAAGCAAGUUCUAUGCCUACUUCAUCGACCCUCCUGCUUUUGGCAAGCACCACAGCGUGCCAGUCAUGGGCCUUGGCUUUGUACCAACGCGUGGCCAGGCACUCUUCAUCAUAUACAUCAUCACAAUCAACCUCGUUGCCUGCUUCGCCGACUAUCCCAACAUGACCCCGAAUGCAGACAGCAAGAGCCACGCAGACGACAUGAAGAAAAACAUCGCUAACCGACUUGGUUCUGUGGCUUUGGCCAACAUGCCGCUUGUUAUUCUCUACGCGGGCAGGAACAGCGUGCUGUUGUGGUUGACCAACUGGUCCCACUCAACCUUCCUACUCCUUCACCGGUGGAUUGGCGCAAUCUGUGCCCUCGAAGCUUCUGUGCACGCCAUCGUAUGGCUGAAGAGGAGGGUCGACAAUGGUGUCUUUGCUACUCACGUAAAGCAGCCAUAUUGGUAUUGCGGCUGCAUCGCUAUUCUCUCAAUGAGCCUGAUACUCCCAUUGUCAGUCCUCCCAAUUCGAAAGGCUACAUAUGAAGCCUUCCUUAUCGGACACAUAAUCCUAGCUCUCAUGGCUGUUGUCGGUGCUUGGUACCAUAUCUACUACUACUUUGAAACCCGAGUUAGCCUGGGCUACAGCACCUGGAUCUACAUCGCUAUGGCGAUUUGGGGGUUUGACCGACUUCUGCGCUUCCUUCGCGUGAGCAAACAUGGCAUUAGGAGGGCAUAUGUCACUGCCGUUGAUGACGAACAUAUCCGCGUUGAUAUUCCUGGCGUCUCUUGUCAUGGGUACUGCUAUGCUUACUUCCCUACCCUAUCGUGGCGCAUGUGGGAGAACCACCCCUUCUCUGUUGUGAGCUGCAACUCUGGGUAUACGAGAGGGUCGAUGUCCGAGCCUUUGAGCCUGCCCUCAAAUUCUCAAUCAGACAGCGAGGGUUCAACACCAGCCAUGGAAUUAAACUCACCCACUUCGAAGGAAGCCGGUGUUACUGAAAAGGCUGUCCUGGGUGCUUCUACCAACCAACAGAAGUGUGGGGUGAGCUUCCUCAUCCGCACCCAUAGCAGCCUGACCAGGUUGCUUUCUACAAAGGCCGGCAUGCUCAGUGGAAUUCCUGUUCUUAUAGAGGGGAGCUACGGUCACGAAACAAAGUCAUACCUCCAAAACGGCGAAAGGGACUUCAAGCCAACACCCGAAUACCCGAACACAAUCUGCAUUGCUGGUGGUGUUGGAAUCACAGCUGUACUACCUGCACUGAACAGUACUUUGAGUCUCUACGGUCCCAUAGGAACAACGAAGCUGCACUGGGGAGUUCGACACCAAGGGUUGGUAGACACUAUUGAGAGCAUGCUUGCAGAAAAAGACGGCUCUGAGUCGAAAUGGGGCCAUAUUGAAGCCAACAUUUCGGUCGGGUCGCGGAUCAACAUCAGACAGGUUUUGGAGAACGAAUUAACACAGACUGGAAGUGCUGGGACCACAAUUAUUGCCUGUGGACCGUUGGCUAUGUGUGACGAGGUGCGAUACACAGCCGCAGCACUUGCUCGGCAUGGAGCGACGCUGAGGUAUAAGGAGGAGCUUUGCACUUGGUAGUGCCUUGUGCAGCCCUAUUUGACUGGUGGUAAUGACAAUUGCGCGACGCAAGUCGAUAUUGCUGCUUCGGAGGAGCAUUGGCCGGGUGAUAUCAGGGAUUUUGUUGGUAUACAACGUACACGGCGAUUUAUAGAGAAUGGCCCAUGGGCGAAGAUAGAACAUUACACAUCCAUGUGUACUGCUGAGGUCCUGUUUUGCGGUUUAGAUCCUGGACCAUGGUAGUGAUUGGUAGCACAUCGAUUGAAUUUGGUGAUUGUUCAGACUUUCGAAAGAUUUCAGCAUUUCCCUUUGAUGAGGCAGUGAGUGUC